GCUUUCCAUGCUAAAAAGUAAACAGGCUAUACGUCUAAACUAUUAUAUUAAGUAUAGUAAAUAUAAAGUGAAUGUGUGCAAUUUUUAAAUGAUGUUUUUCAAAUUUUAAUUAAGCCAAGAGGUUUAUACCAUUGAACAUUAAUCGCAUUCUUGAAACAGAGUGUUUGUAUAAAGUAACUUUCUUGUUAUAAACAUGAUGUCCAGAAACUUAAUGUUAUACAAACAGUGUAUUAAGAUAUGUCCGAUAUCUACAUGCUGUAUAACCGACCAUCGAAUACCACAGAAAAGAGCAAUAUCGAGUGUUACACGACCUAUCACAAAAUACAAAAACAUAACCUAUAAUCCGUGUUUGUUGUCGAAGAAGUUACAUGAUACUAGACUAAAAGAUGUGUUUGAUGAAGAAAAUUGUAACAAUUACACAUAUAGAACACAUACAUGUGGUGAAUUGAGGCCAGAACAUGUAGGCAAGAAGGUAACUCUGUGUGGUUGGGUUCAGUUCUCCAGGUUAUCGAAGUUUCUGCUUCUCAGAGACGCUUACGGACUUAUCCAAUGCGUGGUCAACAACGACAACAUUAACUUAUCUAAUAUCCCUUUGGAAACAGUUGUGAAAAUUCAAGGAAGUGUAACUUUGAGACCGAAAGAUAUGAUCAACCGAAAAAUGUUGACAGGUGAAGUGGAAGUCACUAUUGACAGCUUAGAGGUAUUGAACUCUGUGGAAAGCUUACCUUUUAAUUUAAGAGAUUAUCAAAAGCCUAAAGAACAGUUAAGGUUACAACACAGAUAUGUAGAUUUAAGGUUUCCUGAAAUGCAGAAGAAUCUAAGAGUCCGUUCACACAUGAUUCAUAAUAUGCGAAGGUUCCUUAUUGAAAAGCAUGGGUUUGUGGAAGUUGAGACUCCUACACUGUUCUGUCGGACUCCUGGUGGUGCAAGAGAGUUUGUAGUGCCCACACAUCAUCAAGGACUCUUCUACUCAUUAGUGCAGAGUCCACAACAGUUCAAGCAGAUGCUGAUGUCUGGAGGUGUUGACCGGUACUUCCAGGUGGCAAGAUGUUAUAGAGAUGAGACAACUAGACCAGACAGACAACCGGAGUUCACACAGUUAGAUAUAGAACUAUCAUUUACUAAUGUAGAUGGCAUCCUAACUAUGAUUGAAGAAUUACUCUAUGAAUCAUUUGUAAAGUCUCUUCCAAAACCACCCUUCAGGAGAAUGACUUAUAAAGAAGCUUUAAGUACAUAUGGCACUGAUAAACCUGAUUUAACUUAUGAUUUGAAAUUUGUAAACAUUAAAAGCAUAUUUUCAGAUAAAUUGAAUGAUAAUGACUUUGGAGCAUAUGCAUUGCCAUAUACAAAGGAAAUUGGGAAGUUAUCUACCAAAUAUAAGGAGCAAAUAAGACAGUGUGCCAAAAAGUAUCCAUGCAAAAUUAUACUUAAUGAGAAUUUAUCAAAACAGCUGGGUGAGGAUCUCUGUAAGAAUAUUCUGAACAAAAUUGGUGACUCCAAUGCGGUAAUUGUAGCAUUAGGAGAUAAUGAAAAUUCUGCUUUAUGUUUAGGAGAAAUAAGACAAAUGCUAGCAUCCCUACUGAAAUCUAAUAAUAUGUUAGAAGUCAAAGAAAAUAUUGAACCUCUCUGGGUUGUUGAGUUCCCAUUAUUUUUAAAAGGGGAGAAUGGGCUAGAGACUUGCCAUCAUCCUUUCACAGCACCACAUCCAGAUGACAUGCAUUUAAUUGACAGUGAGCCUUUAAAAGUGAGGUCAUUAGCUUAUGACUUAGUUAUGAAUGGUAAUGAAGUGGGUGGAGGGUCUGUAAGAGUACACAACUCUAGUCUACAAGAGAAAUUGUUAAAUAUUCUUAAUAUUGAUCCGGGAACACUAGCACACUUUUUAAAUGCAUUGAAAUGUGGGUGUCCGCCGCACGGAGGGAUUGCAUUGGGCUUAGACAGAUUAGUUUCGUUGGCCUGUAAUGCUGAAUCCAUAAGGGAUGUGAUAGCAUUCCCUAAGUCGCAUGACGGAAGAGAUCCAUUGUCUGGUGCCCCUAAUAGUAUAAGUGAAGAAGAUAAAAAGUAUUAUCAUAUUUCAACUGUUAAGUAAAUUAUGUCUAAUAAAUAAGUGUUACUAUUUAA